AUGUCUGGUUCACAUGCAGAAGAAGAACAAGCAGAAGAAGAUAUAUUAUUUAGUCGUUUUCUAACUCUUUCAGAGAAUAAUCCUAUUGAGACAAAUAAUGAAGAAAAUCAUCUUAGAGAUGAAAAUAGGAAUACACAUCCAGUAGUACGUGGAAAUAUUGAGUUUCGCCGUACCUUGGGAGAUAUAAUUAAUACAUUCGAAGUUGAAUUACAACGACAAGGUGAUACAACAAAUACAAUGCGUGGAGAUCAUAAUAUUAAUGAAACACCGACAUUUAUACCAAGAAGAUCAUAUUUUGCAUCAAUGGUACGUCAUUUAUUAGUAUUAGAUUAUUUUAUAAUGGUAAUAUUAUUCCCAUUUUCACUCUAUAAUAUAUUAAGAAGUGGAUUUAGUACGGUAACAUUAUCAGAAAAUGAUUUUAUUGCAGAAAUAAUGAUUUAUAUGAAAUAUUCAAAUGUUGUUAGUUAUCCAAUCGAAUUAAAUAAAAAAGUCUUAUUAGGUUAUAAUGAUGAUGGUGCAAUGGGGUUACUAGGUAAAUUUCAUAAUAUUAUUGUAUAUUAUAGUUCACCAAUUGGUAAGAAAAUAAUGAAUUUUGAAAUAAUUAAAAUUAGAAAUAUAAUGAUAUUAAUUUAUGAAAUUUUAGUUAAAUUAAAUGUUGUAUCAAUCUAUUUAAUUUAUGGAUUAAGUGGCACAACAUAUUUAGCAUUAUCGGGAUUUUUUUUCAUUUUUUGUCUUGCAUUAACUAUAAUACGUCGUUAUAGAAGUGUUCAAAGAUUAUUAGUUACAAAUUUAGUAUUAAUUCCACAUGAUAAUGAACAAGAAGAAUACGGUAAUUUAUAG